AUGGGCUCUAUCAGCAGCCCUGCCGAAGCAGUGGCAAGAAUUGCCUACCUUACCAGCGAUGUUGUUAUUUCUGUUCAGCCAUCCUUGACCGUCGAUUCGGAGUUUUCGCACUACCUGAAUCAAUAUACCAGCAAACAGAUUAAAAACCUAACAUCGAGAACGAUACCCGACAUUCAGCGACAUCGACAGAAUGCCGACCCUCUUUUGUCAGCAUACAAGCCUCUGCAGGAGGGCAAGCUCGUCUCUGCGACUACGUCUUCUGCUGUUCUUCUGAACUCGAUCCCUCACCUCUACAAGCUAGCUCAGCAACCCAUCGUCCUACACGUGGCUUUGGCUACAUCUCAAGCAGAUUUCUCAGACAUCAGCUCCAUACGGCAGUGUGGCUUUACCUUUUUACAGUCGGAAACUCUUCAAGAUGCACAAGAUAUGGCUAUUACAGCUCAUGCUCUUGCUGUAAGGAGUGGCAAGGGUGUGGUGCAUUUCUUCGAUCCUUCAAACUCCCUGAGCGAUACCCCAAUCGCUCCAGAAAGCCGUGAUGUGCUACAGACUCUGUUCUCCAAAUACAUUCCCGGCCGACCGCAGAACGAGGAGGACGAAUACUUGUAUGUUGACUCUGGAAGGAUUGCUACUACUGCAGACCUGCCUGUGUCAGGUGUUUCACCAAACCAAUCCAGCACAACAUCCCUUCUGCAAUCUCAAGCAACAAGAGACGUCUCUCCAACUGCUGGCACAACUGAGACUGCUUCAAGCGUCUCUUCUCGCAGACACAGCAGCACCGAUAGUUUGCCGACCUCGUCCGCUGGCACUAGCGUUGACGCACCCGUUGCUCGGCCAGUUACGGCCUCUGAUAUUUUCUCGUAUGUGACUGAUAUCUGGUCUGUAUUCAAGGAGUUGACUGGUCGCGAGUAUUCUGCUGUCGAGUACUCCGGUCCACCAGCUGCCGAAGCUGCUAUUUACAUCUUCGGUUCAACCGGUGUUUUUGUCGACGUCUUGGACAGCGAUGAUUGCCCAGCCGAUCUAUCGAACGUUGGUAUUAUUACUGCGAGGUUGUAUCGACCAUGGCUUGGUGCUUCCGUGUUGCUCGAUGCAAUUCCAAAAAGCAUUAAGAAGAUUGCUGUCUUGGAGCAGCUGCGCCGAAAGACUACGAAGUGGGGCCCAUCCUUCAUGGAUAUUCUGUCCAGUCUCAAUGCAGGAGCCAAUGGUCAGAAUCAGAUUGCGAUUGUUCAGUACAGACUUGGCCAGAUAGACGCCGCAACCGCUGCUCAAGCACUUCGAGGUAUUUUCCAGAACUUGACACCUGCAGUCUUUCCCAGGUCACAUCAGAAGCGAAGAGGACACAGCAGAGCUGCAUCCCUGCCGAUUCAGAAUCUCAGUAUUGGCCACGAAACCACCCCUACAGCUGUGGAUCUAGGUGCCGAGCAGCCAGAAGCUGAGAAUGCUUAUUUGAAAAUACUCAAUCAGCUGUUCGGAGACAGGCUAUACAUUGCCAACCAGGCCAAAGCCAACAACGCUGGUAUCUCCGCGUCCAUUGCUGCUAGCCCAGAAUAUGGCUUCGGUUCGUUGUUAGCAAGGAUCGAGCACAGAGAAAGGUUUGUGCAAGAAGUGCAGCAAGCUGCCACAAGCAAGCAAUUCAUCACAGAUGCUCCUAAGCAGUGGCUGGCGAGGUGGGCUUUGAGUGCCGAAGACUCUGCUAAGUCGAAUCAGAACGCAGCUGAAGUCAUUCCUAGAUUGGCCAACGAUGGCUCGUCGCUUGCGAGCAGCUUACUUGACAACAAAGCUCUGUUCUACAAGGAGUCACAGUGGUUGAUCGGCUCGGAUGCCUGGGCGUAUGAUCUUGGCAACUCUGGUGUUCACCAUGUGCUACAGUCAGGCGCCAAUAUCAACAUGCUCAUUCUUGACACACAGCCGUACUCGGAGCGUGCGGUCGUUGAUGCCACAAGGAGAAAGAAAGACAUUGGACUGUAUGCUAUGAAUUAUGGCAAUGCUUACGUGGCAUCUACAGCUGUCUACAGCUCUUACACUCAAGUCCUCCAGGCAGUGAUCGAGGCAGAGCAGUUCAACGGCCCUUCAGUCGUGCUCGCCUAUCUGCCAUACAACAAAGAAAACGAUUCACCCCUGACUGUCUUGCAAGAGACGAAGAAAGCCGUUGAUCUUGGUUUCUGGCCUCUUUACAGAUGGGAUCCUUCGAAUGAGAAGAAGGGUGAACCAACAUUCAAUCUCGAUUCUGAACGAAUCAAACAAGAGCUUGAGCAGUUCUUGCGCCGGGACAACCAGCUGACCCAGGUCAUGAACAGACAUCCCCAGUUCGCUGCACACCUGUCAGAGUCAUAUGGUUCUGAGGUCAGAAAAAUGCAAAAGAGACGUGCUAAGAGUGCUUACGAAGCUUUGUUGGAUAGCAUGCAAGGCGCACCUUUAACAAUUCUUUUCGCUUCGGACAACGGUAAUGCUGAAGGUCUUGCCAAACGACUUGCCAAGCGAGGCAAAGCUAGGGGUCUGAAGACCAUGGUCAUGGCAAUGGAUGAGUAUCCUAUUGAGGACUUGACCUCCGAAGAGAAUGUGGUGCUGAUGACUUCUACCGCUGGUCAAGGCGAGUUUCCCCAGAAUGGUCGUGCAUUUUGGGAAGCUAUCAAGGAUGCUACGGAUAUGGAUCUCAGCAAUGUGCACAUCACGGUCUUUGCUCUUGGUGAUUCUCACUACUGGCCAAGGAAAGAGGACAAGAUCUUUUACAACAAGCCUGGAAAAGAUUUAGAUGUACGAGUACAAGCAUUGAACGCAAAGACUCUAACGCCACUCGGACAAGGAGACGACCAGGAUCCAGAUGGUUUUCAGACUGGCUAUCAGGAGUGGGAACCACGUCUCUGGCAAGCACUCGGCGUUGCUAAUGUUGAAGGACUACCAGAAGAGCCUCCACCAAUCACAAACGAAGACAUCAAGAUCGAAUCGAACUAUCUUCGUGGCACAAUUGCAGAGGGUUUGAAGGAUGUGUCAACUGGCGCUAUCUCUGCCUCCGAUCAGCAGCUCACGAAGUUCCACGGCACAUAUAUGCAAGAUGACCGUGACCUCAGAGAUGAAAGGAAGGCACAGGGUCUUGAGCCAGCAUACUCCUUUAUGAUUCGAUGCAGAUUGCCAGGCGGUGUGGCUACUCCAUCGCAAUGGUUGCAGAUGGAUGCGCUUGCUGGUGCUCAUGGCAACCAGACUAUGAAGCUCACUACCAGGCAGACAUUCCAGUUCCACGGAGUCAUCAAAUCUCAACUGAAGCCAGCUAUGCAGGCCAUCAACAAAGCACUGAUGACCACACUCGCUGCAUGCGGUGACGUUAACAGAAAUGUCAUGUGCUCGAGCCUGCCAACCAUGUCAGAAUACCAUCACGACGUACAUGCCGUAUCCCAGAAGAUCUCGGAUCAUCUGUUGCCGUCGACAUCUGCCUACCACGAAAUUUGGCUCAAGGACGAUGCCACUGGCGAGAAGACCCAGGUCGCUGGUGAUGCAGUACAAGACUUCGAGCCUAUGUACGGACCAACUUAUCUUCCUCGAAAGUUCAAGAUAACCAUUGCCAUCCCUCCACACAACGACACAGAUGUCUAUGCUCACGACGUUGGCCUCAUUGCUAUCAAAUCAAAAGAGACGGGUCGGCUCGCUGGCUUUAACAUUCUUGCAGGUGGUGGUAUGGGUGUCACGCACAACAACAAGAAGACAUACCCACGAACUGGCUAUAUGAUGGGCUAUGUUCCUGCAGACAAGGCACAUCUUGUGUGCGAGAAGAUCAUGCUUGUUCAGAAGGACCAUGGUGAUCGAAAGAACCGAAAGCAUGCUCGUCUGAAGUAUACAAUGGACGACAUGGGUAACGAGGUCUUCAAGGCCAAAGUCCAGGAGCUACUCAACCCUCUGGACAUUAAGUUUGAGGCUCCGGAACCUUUCAAGUUUCAGUCGAAUAUCGACACUUUCGGGUGGCAGAAGGAUGAGAAGGGCUUGAAUCAUUUCACGUUCUUCAUUGAAAACGGCCGUGUCGAAGAUACAGCUGAUUUCCCUAUGCGAACUGGUUUGAGAGAGAUUGCCAAAACUCACAAGGGCGAAUUCCGAUUGACAGGUAACCAGCACCUAUGCUUGUCUAAUGUUGCAGACGAGGACAAGGAAAGCAUUGCUGCUUUGAUGAAGCAGUACAAGUUGGACAACACCAAGUUUUCUGGUAUGCGACUAAGCUCGUCCGCUUGCGUGGCGUUUCCGACUUGCGGUCUUGCUAUGGCAGAGUCCGAGCGUUACUUGCCGGUCCUGAUUACUAAACUUGAGAAGUGUCUGGAAGACAACGGUCUUUCACAAGACUCAAUAGUGAUGAGAAUGACAGGAUGUCCUAACGGUUGUGCUCGACCUUGGCUUGCAGAAGUCGCCUUUGUCGGUAAAGCCUACGGUGCAUAUAAUAUGUACCUUGGUGGAGGAUACCAUGGACAGAGACUCAACAAGCUAUACAAAUCGUCCAUCAUGGAGGAGGAGAUUCUAGAGAUCAUGAAGGAUCUGCUUUCGAGAUAUGCUAAGGAGCGCAAGGAAGGAGAGCACUUCGGUGACUGGACCAUUCGCUCCGGUGUCAUCAAUGAAACAACAGAAGGCAAAUACUUCCACGAUAAUGUGGCUGAGGAGGAAAGUGACGCGGAAUAA